UCCUCCAUGUAGUAGUACUCCAGCCCGCGGCGCGACCACACCUCCCACCCACGCCCGCGUUCACCACAGCACACCCGCCCUCGCAAGUCGCCUCGAAGCGGGAUACUCGGCACUGAGAAUCCAGAGCAGCGCAUCGUGUCGGGCGGCGGGCAUCCCUAACACUGUGGCGAUGGUUUUGUGCUGGGCGAGGCGCGGCGUGGCGGUGCUGUGCCUGGCUGCUGUGUUCUCCCUGAAUAACGUAACAGUCUCCGCCGCGACAGCCCCCACGGACAGCAGGAGGACCAUCUACCUCCCCUUGACCGAUGCCCUCAGCUACGAACAGAUUGUGAAGGCUGGGUACGUGGUCGUGGUGGUGGCGGCAAUCAUAUCCGUGUGGUACCUUCACUUCGGUGGCAAGGGCGUGCACACCAUGAGGCUCCUCGACCACUCCGCCCUGCAACCCCACGCUGCGCAAGCCAAGCUCCACCGGAUGGAGGACUCCCCGAGCAGCCUGCCCUCCCUCAGCCUGCUCCUCGACGCCCUGGACCUGUACCAGUAGGACGCUGUGCACGGUGCUGCUGUACCUUCUAACGCGGCUCACAAGCAGCUAUGCAGUCCUUAAAGUGAUAAGUUGUGGUAGUAGUAGCCGCAGUAGCAACAGCAGCAGCAGCAGCAAUAGUAGUAGUAGUAGUAGUAGUAGUAGUAGUAGUAGUAGUAGUAGUUUCAUGUGCUUAUUGCUGGUACAGUAUUCAUUUAUUUAUUUACUUAUUUAUUUAUUUAUUUAUUUAUUUAUCUAUUCAUUUAUUUAUUUUAUGAAUGAAGGAUCUUGGAAUAAAAAAGGAGAAGAGAAAGAGAAUAAAAAACCCUCUAAUUUCUGUUGCUCCCAAAGAGAGUUAAACAAAGAAGUCUGAUGUUCUGAUAAGUGUGUUCGCUAAACGUGAAAGGAGUUCGUUAAGAGACAAGGUCACUGUGAGGGUCCAGCCGAGAGUACAGUGCACACUCGAGGUUAAGUUUGUGCUACUGCUUUUAUGUCUGAAGAGCAGCUUACUUGCGUACGUAGUGAUGUGCAUUAGGUACUUUUCUGAUUAUUCAUUUCUUUGUUUGACUUAAUUAUCUAUUUACUUCGUUUGUUUGUUUGUUUAUUCGUUAUUUUGUUUGUUUGUUUUCUAGUUAGUAUUUAUUUCUUUGAUACAUAUUUAUUUAUUGGUUAGUAUCAAAGAAGCGACAACAAGUGAAUGAUAGAUCGCACGCAGAUUUCAAAGGAAUGACGAGAAUGUUUCCUUAAUGAAGUGACUAUGUUAAGCGUUUCUUAAUAUAUUUUAUUGCUCCUAAAAGAUAACGUGACGAUGACGAUCAACUCUUUGCCUCUGAAUCACAAACCACCUGUACGGAACCACAAACAAGUUCCUGUAUGUCAGUUGUACACAUACUCUGUGUUGAAGCAGUUCUAUUUGGAGCUUUGAACUAAAACAGAAUAAAGUAGUCCGUAUCAUCCUAUUGUUACGUCACAUCUAUGAAGACAACCUUGAGUUCGAUCAUUCUUUCUUUUCGUGGUACAGUCACAGUCAGUAGUUGAGUGACAUGAUAACAUGACGUACAUGCUUCCUCUUUGUUUAGCGUUUUCUCUGCGUAAUAAGUCCUGUGAUCUGUUCAUUGUCUGCUUGCAGAACUUGAUAACUGGUACAUGCUAAGAUCAGAGUCAGGGAUAGCUCGAGGGGGGAUGUGAUUGGGGGAGGGUGAUAAAAGCAGACUUGACCAACUUGAAUUGGUUGGUGUUAAGUUUUGACCAUCUCGAACUCUUGUAUCAAUGCUUCACCCAACAGAUAUUGUUUCGUCUGUCUGGCAUUUUUUAUAAACUAAAACACUUGAAGCAGUAAUAUAUAUUAGUAUUUUUCGAAUUUGUUUAAAAAUAAACCAUUGAUUUGAAAACCUAAUAUUUCAGAUGCCAUUUACUGGCCAUUUUUGUACAUUUUUGUACAUUUUUGACGCUCCAAAUCAGUCAGAAUUUGACCAACUCAGUCCUUUCACUGCUACAUGACACAUGGUUCAUUAAUCACAAACCAAUCUGAGACAUUUCUUAAUGUUAUGCAACCACCUCUGAACAUUGUAUUUGUUAAAAGAAAUUGGAAAAUCUAUCCUUUUAGUCCUUUUUUUUUCCUUUUUGUAAUUUUUUGUAAGCGUUUGCAAGGAUUUUGUAGAGUGUGGUUGCACAUCGCAGGACGGGAAGCGCUCAGCGCAGUGGAAAUAAAUGUAGCACGAGACUCGACUUGUGACCACGACUACUCAAUUAAUAUAUUUAGUCUGGCAAUGGUAUCCUUCCACUUGUCACCCUCUCCUCUCCGUCACUAUUUUGCCUUUAUGAAUAACUAUGCUAAUUACCUCGUUUGAUUUUAGUUUCCCUCGUGCACAAUCAAGCUUCAUGUAUGAGUAAAAUAAAAUAUCGAUGUAGCA